GUUUGAACUCCGCGGCCUCUGCACUUCAGCUGCUAUGUUCAUUGUUAGUAAUGUUUCAAGCGCCCUUGUUUGUGCCGCAUUGCUCUACUGUAGCUGGAGACUGCUUUAGCUGAUGUUUGCGGGGUGCAAGGAGCUCAGAUAACCUCGAGCCCUAUUUGUUUCCAGCACCACAGACGCGGCGUAAGCGACAAGGGAUGAAAGUGGAGAUACGAUUUGAGAAGGUCCUCUUUCAACCACCAGAAACAAUUAAGGCGAGCUGGCUGCCAGACACAGAGGAACCAAGUCAGGUCCUGAGCGGUGAACGCAGUGUUAGGAAGCUGACUUGUAGGAAUGGCAGAAACAAGAACAAGUACCAUCUUGAUUCCAUCGCCCCAAACAGAGAUCGGGAGCCAAGUUCUGCGGCUGGCGCUGGAUGUAGAGCAAGGACCAACCUCCCGGCUGCAAGAUGGCAUUGACAAGCCAGAUGAAGAGGCCGGUGGAGGGGAGUCGCAGGUCCCACAUUGUGGAAGAGCAAAGAGCUGGCUGCCGUCUGGAAACACAAUCAGACGAUUUGUAAUCGCCAACUUUUUGCCCCUGGGAUUCCUGUUCGCCCUCGCAUUUGCACUCUCCUGGCCGCAGCCAGGCCGCGAGGUAGCCAGUUGGAAGAUUGGCAGCAUUCGAGUGAUCCAAGCCCUCAACAACAUCCUCGUCUUUCUCAUCUCCGGCCUCACCCUCAAGUCCAACGACUUGAAGGAGGCUCUCAAGAACUGGGUCGGCGUCCUGUAUGGCAUCGUUACCAUCCUCCUGGUGACGCCCUGCGUUGGGUUUGUCACCCAGCAGAUCCCGUUCCGCCCCAGGGAGUUUACGGAAGGUCUCACUAUCUUCUGCGCUGUUCCAACCACUCUCGGAGUCGGCGUCGCACUAGUUGCUGCGUCCAAAGGGAACCAAGCCCUCGCUCUCUUCCUGACCGUCUCGACCAACGUUCUGGGCAUCUUGACUGUACCCUACGUGCUGAAGCUAACACUUCGUGGGAGUAGCACUAUUAGCAUCGACGCGUUGGAUCUGUUCUUCAAACUUACUUGCACGGUCCUCGUUCCGACCCUGGUCGGAAAGUUCGCCUCUUCCACAAGCAGUCGUGUCCGGACUUUCGUCCAAUCACAUAAGGUGGCCUUGAGCCUCUUCAGUACGAGUAACCUGGUGUUGAUAGUAUGGCAGACACUGAGCGGUGCCCGGGACAUUCUCCUGAAGCAGAGCGGGGGCGACGUAAUGCUCAUCGUAUGUGCCGUCAUUGGUCUACACAUUUUCUACCUAGGCUUCAACGUUGCUGCUGUUUGGUUGCUCCGAUUGCCGCUCGUUGAGGCAAUUGCGGUUGUCAUCAUGUCGAGCCAAAAGUCCGCGCCCGUCGCCGUUACUGUUAUCACGUAUAUCACACCGAACAUUGCUACCCAGGGUCUACUUAGCAUUCCGGGCCUCAUCGGGCAGCUCUUCCAGAUCUUCCUUGGUAGUGCGAUUGCCAGAGUUAUGGCUAAGAAGGUAGACAAAGAACAACAAGACUGAGAGGCUUAGUCAGGUAAACUAGAUGAGCGUUCCGUCAUUGAGUCCGGCGAGCAGGUUCAAUUAGUCGAUAGCAAUCAAUUCUUCCAAGCUUGUAAAAGCAUGUAUGAAUAAACGUACAUGCGUGUUUGAAGAUGGUGUGUUGGCCAAGGGACGCAAAGUGUAGCUCGGUAGAGACUGAGGUGUAACAAAGACUAGAAAGCCUAAUAACUUCUGACUCGUACAUGAAAACAGCCAAUGGGAACAACGGAUUAAUUCCGUGCACCAUAUGUCGCCAUAUGAUCAAGAAACACUGUAAAUUGGCAACUCAAAUCAACUCUUUGGUGUAUGAGUGUGCGUUUAUCUCAUUAGAUUGUAAUCAAACACUUGCUACAUGACUCGCUUCUAUCGGACCGUGACAAUUGAUACUGUAACAUUCUCAUGAGACAAGGCCG